GGCAGCGACAUUCAAUGUUCGUCAAGCUGCCAGGCGCACGCCUUACCCUUUCGGGCCUAAGCAGUCGGAGCACCCCCAUCGUAGGCCCGGAUUUAUCAUCUCAGUGCUUGAGCCCGACAUCGCGACGGCACACGCACACGACACUCGCUCCGGCCUCGACCUCACUCUCGACGCCCCAAUUCCUUCUCCCAUUCGAAUCGCCGACCGAGAGAGUACAGGGAACAGCUCGCGAUCAUGUCGUUCCGCCCCGGCUCCCGCAUCUUCAGCUCCUUCCGACCUUUCUUCCAACGCGCAAAUGCCCGCCGACAUGCAUCGACUGCGGGCGCUGAGCCCGCUGGCUUCCAAAAGUUCUGGAACAGCCCCAUCGGUCCCAAGACUGUCCACUUCUGGGCCCCAGUAAUGAAAUGGGGCAUGGUCCUCGCCGGCGCCUCCGACUUCUCCCGCCCCGCCGAAUCCCUCUCCUUCACCCAGAACUUCGCUCUCAUGUGCACAGGCGCCAUCUGGACGCGCUGGUGCUUCGUCAUCCGCCCCAAGAACGUCGCUCUGGCUGGUGUCAACUUCCUCGUCUUCUGCGUUGGUGCCACACAAGUCGGUCGCAUUUACAUGUACAACAAGAGUCUGGAGAACACUGAGGGCCAGGCUAAGGGCGAGAUGCUGGAUGUUAAGCACACUGCUGAGAAGGCCGAGAAGAAGGCCGAGAAGGCGUUGAAGUAGAUUUGGAAUUGCAGAAAAUAAGGUUGAGGGAGUAGGCGGUGGACUCCCGGUCGGAAAGCUGGACAUUGGUUGCGGGCAGGAUAAGGAAUGGGAUGAGAUGGAUGUAUAUCUACUACGGGAUUAUGUUGGAGCAUAUGCACCAGCAUGUCAGUAUGAUGAUGACCUUUUUGCUUCAAGUAGCAAACAAAUUCAACGAUCAAAAUCCUUCACGUCGACAUUCGAAAGUUUUGCAUGCUCGGAUUUUUUGGAUCUA